UACUGCCGCUGCUACUCUCACUACCCCACUGGUCAUGUUUGGCCGGUGAGAUUGGAAAAGGCUUCUGUCAACACCUGUUGGUUUUGUGAUGGUUGGCAAGAAUUUGCAGAACAUCACUCCAUCCUUGCUGGGUACUUCUUAGUCUUUGAAUAUGAAGGGAAUUCAAAUUUCAAAAUUUCUAUAUUUGAUUUGACUACCUGUGAGAUUAGUUAUCCAUGUAACCCUUCAAAUGGCUCUGAAAAACAAUAUCAUGGAAAGAGAUCUUCAGUCCAUCCUGAAGAAGAAAUGGAAGAUGAUGUUUCUGUUGAAAUCUUGGGCUCAUCCCCUCCAUUUCAAGCUCCUACUUCUUUGAAAUCGGCUAAGACUUCUUUUAAAGCUGGCUUGGGAAUCAAGAAGCAUGGCAGAAAUGACGAUUCCUUUCAAAGCCCAAAAUCAAAGCAUGUUUGUUUCAGAGAGAGCAGGAAGUACAAAAUGGACUCCCAAAUGUUUGAUCAUAACCAAACAGAAUCUGAUGAAGAUGAUUCAGUAAUAGAACGCAGAAAGGAAGCAAAGACAAGGGCUAGAACUCCUUCACCAAAGAGAUGUGGAAGAACUAAAGGCAGGGAGAGGAUUCUCCAUGCUCCUAGAAUGUCUAAGCCUGAAAACCGUUCCUUCUCUGUUACCAUGAGGCCACAUAACAUAGAGAGCAGAUUCCUGAAUGUCCCUGCUGCAUUUGCUAGAAAGUAUCUCAGAAGGAAGUCAAUCGAACUUCGGGAUUCUGGUGGAGGACAGUGGCCUCUCAAAUGCCUUCAUCACCAACGUGGUUCUGUAAUGCUAAGCAAGGGCUGGAAGGAUUUUGUGGAAGAGAAAAAUCUGAAAGAAGGAGAUGUUUGUUUCUUUGAGCUGGUCCACAGGAAGGACCCUGUGCUGAAGGUGUCCAUAUUUCAAUAGUGAACAAAACCUCAAAAGUCUGAAUAAACCAAAUAAUAUUGAA